AGAAAGAAGAAGAAGAAGAAAGGAUCCAAGGAGAUGCAUGUAUUUCCUAUAAAAAAAAAUCAUUUUUUUCUAUCUGAUAUGCUUUGCAGAUGGAUGAGUGUGUAAAUGGACCCAAUACGUAUCAGCUUAUUUCCAUCAGACGUCAGAGAGCGGUCCAAGACCUAAACUCUACUGGUUCAGUGACACAUCAGUUGCGUUGAAUCAGUGCCUCAAUAACGUGGGCGGAGGGCCCAAUGUUCCUCACUUCUCUCUCUCUCUCUCUCUCUCUCUCUCUGGUAACUGGUAAAUCUCCCCCGACUCCAGAACUCCGAGUCUGUCUGGGUCAACCGUGGAGGGGAAAGGGAAGUUUGACGAUUGAAAUUCCUCUGCUUGGAUCUGCAGUUUUGAGUUCUUCUAGGGUUUCUCGAUCUCUCGUGAUCGUGGGAAGAGAAAUAUGUCUUCGCAACUCGACAAGAUUCCUCUGGAGAAGAGACCUGGGAUCCUCAUUGUUGGAUCCCCCAACGUCGGCAAGCGAACACUUCUUUCCAGGUUGCUUGCUUUGGAUUUUGAUGAUGCGUCUGAUUCAUCCUCCGAAGUACUUAGCUAUGGGUAUGUUAGGACUAACUCUACUGUAGAACCCGCCCCCUUUUUUAUGGCAUUUCCCCCCCCCCUCUUCCUUGAACUAUCUUUUGAUAAUGUUGUCCACUAUUCAAUAAAUAUGAGAUUAAAAGGAAAAAAACUGUUCUUAUCAGGUUUAUCAGUUGAUGGUGAUCUACAAGGAGUCGAGCGUCUGUUUGGAGCACUAUCUGCUCGUAUGUGGCCUGGAAUGGUCCUUAAAUCUGGAAAUAAGAUACCUGAACCAUCUUUCCCUGAUAAAGAAGUGUUAUCAGAAGAAGAAUCUGAUUAUGAGGUAGAGUACGAAAUCUUGUCUGCUGGUUCAUCUGAACCAUGGGAUGGAACAGAAGAAGUGUGGGUUAGUGCAAGUGGUAAAACUAUUACUACAGAAACAGGUAGUUCAAGUGCAGCUAUAGAAACUGUUUCUCCAGCGACGGAGGAUGUCAACGGAGAGCAUAAAACUAAUGGCAGUGCAUAUAUGCUGCAGCCAUCAGAUUCUGAAAUUCCUUCACAAGAAGACAGAAGUGUAGUGGUAUCUGAAGCCAAUGAAACUGACAAAGCAACAGAGCCCGAUGAUGGUACCCAUUUGGGGCUUGAGGAAUUGGAACAAUUGAUGUCUGAAAUAGGGAAUAUGCGUGACAGCUUGAGGUUGAUGCCAGAUUUUCAAAGGAGGGACAUGGCUGCGAAGCUGGCAAUGAAAGUGGCAACCUUAUUUGGUGAUGCCAGCGAUGAUGAAGGGAAUUUCGAUUAACAAUCAGGAAUCGCCGGUAACAUAAGUAAAUUAGCAUCCCCAUCAUUGGGUCCAAAUCAGGUGACCACAUCUGUAUAGCUAAUGUUGUAUAUUGCCUCGCCCGCUACUUUCCUUUGGCUGUCUAAUGGUGCAUGCACAUGGGUAAACCUGUCGUAUGUUCUUUAUCAGCUGAUAAGGAUUAUUAGCAGAAGAUGAAACAGUGUUCUAAGCCUGCCAAAAUUGUUGAUGGGGAUGUGAUGCGCAAUCAAUGAUGUGUAAUGAAACAAACUUAUCGUCGGUUCAGGAACAGGGCGUGGCUGAGGUGCUGUGGAGAUGCCUCUGCAGCAUGACCAUAUGGAUGUUAUUGUUGUUUUCUUACGACACUUUACAUUGCAACAUUCAGAUCUAACUAUAUUGGAGAGUUUGUGAAAAGAAUUUUUACAUUUUCAUAAA